CUGAAGAAAGAGCAUAGGAUUUGGGCAAGGCAUUGAAGUUGAAGUGUGGAAGAGUUCUUAAGAGGUUAUUUCCACUAAAGGAAUGGAGGUAUAUGGCAAAUCUAUGGUUGCAGCUCCUGCAAAUGUUAUUUAUAUGUCGAGUAUUUUGGGCCGUGAUGGACCAAAUCCUGUGCAUAAGUGCGACUGGAAAUGUGAAAACGAAAAUGUUUGCGGGAACAUGUAUCGCUGCAGGCUAACAGGGCUAACUCACAUCUGUGAUAAAAACUGUAACCAGAGAAUUUUGUAUGAUAACCACAGCUCGCUUUGUAGAGCAAGUGGUCAAAUUUUCCCCCUUACACCAGCAGAGGAACAAGCAGUGAGGGGUGUUCGAAGAAAGCUCGAUGCAGAAAAUUCAUCUUCUGAUGGCUGUGGUUUUAAGCGUAGACGAGAUACACAAUUCCAUACUUCUCCUUUCGAGAGAUCUUUUUCUGCUGUCAGUCCUAUCUGCAGCCAAGUUGGAGAUGGCAUGGAUAUGAGCUAGAUAUAUAUUUCCUUCUUUUUUGGAUCUUUUUUUCUUUUUCCCUUUUACUAUCAGAUGAGUAUCAAUAACAGCACUUGAAUAAAUGGACUACCUAUUGGUGGACAACAUGUAUGUCCAUCUACUUUGAGAACUCCUUAUAUUUCCAGUAAUAAUGUAAUGUGGCACUUAAAAGUAGCUUGACUGUUUAGUAUUCAGAUGACUUUAGUUUCUUGCUCACCUUGUUGGGAAGCAGACAUUUAGCUACAAGAUGAAACUCAGACUUUAUGAUGCCUGGAUUUGAUUUAGGACCUGAAAUGAUGUACUAUGUA